AUGGGAUAUGCGGGUGCUCUAAACGUUGGAAAUUAUUUGAAGUCAAAAUUUCAGAAACCCUACAAGUUUAUUGUACAUUGUGUAUUAAUGUCACUCAGUCAUACCAAAGGAGGGUACGAUGCAAUGCGUGAUUAUCAGAUGAACAUGGUUACUGCAUUGAUUCUGAACAAGAAAUACAACUUCUCGCAUAUUGUUUUUCAUUACAUGGUCGAGAAUAUCCUAACAAAGAGUAAGUCUUGGAUGUAUCCAAGAUUUGUGCAAAUGCUGAUUGAUCAUGCAUAUCCAGAGAUUGAACGUGAUGUGAAGGAUGAUUUGUUAGUUCAGUCACGCAUGAGCAACGAUUCUCUCAAGCAGCUUGCAAGAUAUCACCCAAAUCAUCCAGAACCAAAGAUAGUUGCUAAAUUCUUCGGAUUUAUAAAGGAUGCAAAUUAUGUUGAUCCUGAUCCAGUCGAUCAUCAAAACUGGAGAAAUGAAGAAGAAAUAAAGGAAGCAGCUUAUGCUGAUGAGCUAAAAACUCUUGAGGAGUUCAAAACCACACGUAAUGAUUGGUUUGUCAAAGAACCAAGGAGAAGAGGCAAAAAGGCCACCCUUAAAUCACAGGAGGGUGAGGGGUCAUCAUCACAGCCAAAGAAAAAGCAAAAGAAAGUGACAAAAACGUUAUUGGUUGAUGAGCCUGAGGUUGAAGAGCCGGUUGUAACUGCAGAAGAUGAUCCGUAUGCUGAUAUUGAUAAAGUGAUGUUAAAUGUUGAUGAUUUAGUGUCUGAGCAAGCAGUUAAUGUGGAAGCUGAGAAAGAAAAGGUUCUUGAUGAUGUUGAAGGUGAUGAUAUCAAUAAAAGUACAACAAGCUCUUCGAGUUCCUCUGAUGAUGAAAUAGAUGAGGCUGAACGUCUAAGAAGAAUUCAAGAAGCUACAGAGAAAGAGAAGCAGCUAAGGAAAAGGAAGAGACAGGAGAAAGAUGAUGCUGCAUACAUUCCAUCUCUUGAGCACGUUUCUGAAUCACAAUCACCUUCAAGCGGCAAAAAGAAAGCAGGUGCAAAGAAAAGAAUUAUAUCUCCAAAAAUAAAGAAAGUUACUACAAAGAUUACAAAGCCCAAGAUUGUUUUGAAGAAGAAGCCAGCCAAAGAAUCCAGUAAACCAUCAACACCACCACCUGAACCUAUACCAAUACAAUCACCACCACAUCAAACACCUCCACGACAACCAACACCUCCACAACAACCAACACCUCCUAGACAACCUUCACCUCCAAAACAACCAACACCUCCCAGACAGACUUCACCACCAAAACAACCAACACCACCUAGACAACCUUCAUCAUUACAUCUUUCACCAUUACAUCUCUCACCACCACAACAACAAACCUUGCUUACAUCUCAAGAAAUAUUUCAAACACCACCACUCACUCAAAUUCAACUAACUCCUGGUUCUUCUGGCCACAGAGGUCUUCAUAAUCCUCCAGAUAAUCUUGAAGAUAUUGUAGAUUUUGGUUUUGCAAACGAUGAACAAGUUAAGAAGCUUGAAAAGAAGAUGGAUGAUGUGUUGAAUGAAAACAAAGUGUUAGCAGCAGAAAGCAAGAAAGUAGCUGAUCAGGAAAAAGAUUCUAGAAAUGCGUGUAAAGAAGCUAGAAUCUGA